AUUCCAUUUAUGAUUGGGGGCGGUGCUCAUCGCGUAGUGUGUGUGCAGCGCGCAGUUCAGUGGACCAGAGCACAGUGUGAAGUUCGCAGUCAUAUUCGCUAUUGUACAGCGCCAUGUCGGAAUCGCCGACGAAACGAGCCGUUCUGGAGCUAAAGAAACGGGAGGGAAACGACGUGUGCGCGGACUGCGGAAAACCCGAUCCCGACUGGGCAGACAUCAGUUUUGGAGUGUUCAUCUGCAUCGACUGCAGCGGGAUUCAUCGGAGUCUCGGAGUGCAUAUUUCCAAGGUCAAGUCAAUAGGUCUGGACCAGUGGACGGAGGAAAACGUUCAGCAAAUGGCUGACGUAGGUAACAGAGCAUGUAAUGUGAGAUUGGAGGCCACUGUACCUCUCUGCUGGACUCCUCCAAAACCUAACUUCUCCAUAGUGGUGCGAGAGCAGUGGAUACGGGCAAAGUACGAGAGAAAAGAGUUUCUUCCAGAGCAUGAUGAGACGCACAGACCGUACCAAUCAGGUAUAAAGAAAGGAUUUCUCUACAAGAAGAAAAAAAGUGGACAAUGUUUGGCAAAGCCGCUUCUUCAUCCUCGACAACACCCAGCUAUCUUACUUCAGAAAAAUCACUUCUUUAUACAAACAAAAAGUUUCAAAAAACGGCACAAACUCCAGGACCACACCCCCACGGAGGUUCUCCCGCUGAUGGACCUGAAUGUGACGGUCAACGUGCAGACAGGCCACCCGAACGCCAUGCAGAUGAUGGCCCUCAUCAGAGGCAAGACGAGAAACUACUUUGUCUACUCUGACAGCGGACAGGAUAUAAUGAACUGGUUCUGUGCCAUCCGCUCAGCCAGAGAGAGUCUACUGAGGCAGAAACACCCAGAGUGGUCCAAUUCUGAGGUUCGGAGAAAUCUGUCGAGGGACUUUGUAAAGACGGGCUACCUUCACAAGACGCCACCCAACAAACCAAGAUUCCAGAAGAGAUACUUUGUUGUCGACGGGCAGAGAUUAAUGUACUUUGAGAAACCGACCGACGCCUUUCCUCUGGGAGAAAUAGUGCUGGGUACAGAGACAGACGGGUUUUCAGUGGACGAAUCAGCUCCCUUCGAUUUGGGUGUCGGCGAAAACGGGUUUGUCCUGAACACCCCAAACCGGAUUUACCCGCUCCAGGCUGCCACCGCGGAGGAGAAACUGGACUGGAUCGCAACGUUCAGAGCGGCAUUUGACAAAGCCAGCAGCUCACCGAACGAGACUAGGGAGUCAAUGGUGGAGUGGGUAUCAGUGUCUCGCGGAGUUUUCAUCUGCAUCGACUGUGCAGGGAUCCACAGGAGACCUCGGGACGAGACGCCCAUAGUCCGCUCCAUUCGUCUGGAUACCUGGAGCAUGGGACACUGGGAGAUGUUGAAGGGUAAGGGGAACCAAAAGGCUAAGAUGAAGUGGGAGGCUGAUGUCCCUGCCUGCUGGGUCAGACCCUGGCCUAAACUCUGCCCCUAUGCUCUCAGAGAGCAGUGGAUUGAAGCCAAGUACACAAGGAAAGAGUUUACAAAGGACGCUGCUGACAAUGCUCCAAGACGCUACCUCACAGGUGAGAAGCAGGGUCCACUGAUGAAGAAGAAACGGCAGUCAGAGAGUGAUGUGUUCAGGGAGCGUUGGUUUGUGGUCAAGAACGGAGUCCUCUCCUAUUACAGAGACAAAAAGAGCGGGCCAAAAGAUGUGAUCCCUCUCAUGCACGCCAACGUGGUUCUCCACAUCCCCGAGUUUGCCAUCUUGAGGAACAACUCCAUGCUCAUCAUCUACUACGACGAAGCGAAGAGGAAAACGAGGAACAUUUUCGUAAAGGCCGAUACUUCAUAUGAUAUCAUUGACUGGUACUUGGUGAUCAGGCAGUCCAAGAUCAAUCUGCUCAAAGAAAAGUAUGGAAAUAUGAUAGACGAUGAAGUGGCCAGAGAGAGGGCAUCUCAGGAGUACAUUCACUAUGGAUGGCUGCACAAGACCAGUCCUACUGGAACUAGGUGGAGCAAGAGGUUCUUUGUUCUGGAUGGAAAGUGCCUCAGAUACUACAGCACACCCAGAGCAGCGUUCCCAGUGGGUGAACUGGUGUUAGGGUCCCCCAGUGAAGGCUACUGGGUGGACGAGGUCGUCCCCGAUGGAAUAGAGAACAACACGUGCACCUUCAUGCUUCACGUCCCCGACAGACUCCGUGGGGGGUACCCCCUCGUGGCUCCCGACACGGCCAGCAAGAAACAGUGGAUGAGCGUGCUCACGGAUGUGAUAGACAGCACCCGCGCCACGCCACAGGUCAUGCACUGUCUCCCUCCACCGUACGACGAUGACAUGGAGACUAUGAGCAGGACAAGUGGGGGCAGUGGAUUCACAGAGGUGUCCUACGAACACAGAGAUAGCUCUGCUUCAGAGUCCUCCAAUUGA